GAUCCCAGAUCUGCUCACUUCAGAGAUAUGAAGAGGAAGAGUUCCGCAUGGAGUUCUGUGAGUUGUCUAUCAUUUGAUGAUCUGACCGAUACUGUCUUUUUCGCGCGCGCACGCACGCACUUAUACAGCGCGCGCUCUUCCCUCCACCUGUUUUGAUCUCCCUAAGCGCACUUGAUGCGCUCGCGGUUUGUCAGACAGUAUCUAAAACUGUCCUCGAGGGUGCGAUUAUCGAUUUCGAUAUUUCAGAUGAAUGUGCAUCACAUUUGUGUAAACGCGUUAGGAAUGUGACUGGCGGAGAAGGUGGGCUCGAAAAGGGGUCUGCUGACAAACUCUGGACUGUUCGUGGGAUAAAGAUUCAGUGGGAGACACACUGGAGUGAAGUUAUUUUUGAACCACGAGGGAUUAAAUUCAUCCAACGCAAAAAACGAAGAAGAUUUGUGCGUCGAAAAGCGCUUAGGCGCGCAAUUUACGCAUGGAUUAAAGUGAUCGUUUUUUACGUUGUUAUUCAAGUAUGCACGCGUUAUUUUGCUGUAUUUGAAACUUUUUGGUUUGGGACAGUCUAGUGAAUGAUGUAUAAACUCGCAGACUCAGAAAGUGGAAUAAAUGCAUCCUUAAGGAAAUACGGAAACGUAUGCAAACCUACACAGAAAUAUUGAUGUGAAUGAACAUGGCGAACACUCUGGAGAGGGAGAUUUUGGAGCGCGAGCUCCGUCCACGCUUGUGUUAUGUGACCAAAGGAGACGGCGGAUACGGGUUUCAUCUUCACGGGGAGCGCAGCCGUGGAGCGCAGUGCAUACGCAAGAUCGAGCCUGGCUCACCCGCCGACCUCUCCGGACUCAGGUCUGGGGAUCGGGUGGUAGAGGUGAACGGAGAGAACGUGGAGGGAGAGACUCAUUACCAGGUUGUCCAGCGGAUCUUGGAGGUGGACCACCGCACCAGGUUGCUGGUAGUGGACCGGGUCACCGAUGAGUUCCUUAAGUUUCACGGUCUCCCGUGUACGGAGGAGAGGGCGAUAGAGAUGGGGUCUCUCUCCUCGCGCUCGUCCGCGGCAUCCUCCCCCCGCGCAUCCCCCCGGGACUGCGCCACACCUCCGUACAGCAGACAGAGCUCAGAGAGCAUUUUAAUAAACAAGAGUCCCGGUACUGCUGGAGUGUUGAACGCUUCUCCGCUGUACAGAGCUCACGCUCGCCUGACGUCUCCAGUGUUCCUGUGCCCCCCCUCUCCUUCUGAACCCAAGACUGAGACAAUACCUGAACCCAAUGCUGAAUCCUUUGAACCCGGCACUGAACUCCAGAAUGAAUCCGACAGUGAACACAACAUUACAGACAGCGCUGAAACCAUCACUGACCUCAGCCAAUCAAAAGCCAGCACACAGGGCGAGAUUCCAUCAGAAGGGGAUGUGGUAACCAAGGACCUGCGUCCGCGCUGGUAUCACAUGACCAUGGACGAGCAGGGCUACGGCUUCAACCUGCACUGCAAAAAAUCUCGCGCGGGCCAGUACAUCCGCUCCGUGGACCCUGACUCCCCGGCGGAGCGUGUGGGAUUGAGAGCGAAAGAUCAUCUUAUUGAGGUGAACGGCAGAAGUAUAGAGGGUCUGCGUCACGCUGACGUGGUGGCAUUGAUCAAAGCGGGGGGCAAAGAGACCCGUCUGUUGGUGGUCGACCCGGAGACAGAUGAGCUCUUUAAAAGACUGGGCAUCACCCCUACAUCCACUCAUCUUAAAGAAGACUGUGUGGACGGACCAGAGAUGAAGUGUCCAAUCACAGUGCACUCUGCUUCACCCGUCACUGACGUGUCUAAGAUCUCUCCGCCAAUCAUAAACAUCACACUGACAGAUCCACCAAUCACAAAUGUCUCUCCACGGCACAAGAGUUAUGGAAGUUCCUCUUCUCAUUCCACGGUAUCCGAAAUAAGCGCCGAACUGACCGGUUCCGACUCCAGCAACAAGGUCACCGAUUCUGAGCAUCACUCCAGGGUCGAGAUCCAUAACGUUAACCGAGAUGGCAAAUCUGAGCAACAUCCCUCAGACCCGUUCUGGGAGAGCGGUCUACAUCUGAGCCUGACCGCAGCGGAGGCCAAGCAAAAACUCCGGGACAAACGGGGUAAUAAGAGAGCGCCCCCUAUGGACUGGAGCAAGAAACAGGAAGUCUUCAGCAACUUCUAAAGAGCGCACACAUCAAGAAUAUCAUCUCAGUUGUGUUCAGAUGUCUCAGAGACGGGAUCGAAGAAAUAAAGCUUUGACCAAAAUACACUAACGUACUCCAACAUGGAUCUUAAGGAACAUUUUCCUUUAUGGGACCCAAACUAGAACAAGACCUUCAUAAACACUAAGACAAACUAAAAAUCUUUUUGCUUAAGAACUCUCCAGCUGUCAAUUCCAUAAAAAGUCACAGCUGUCAAUAGAAAAGGUGAAGGAGAUAUCUUCAAUAUGAUGUGGAAAUGUACCAGAGGACAGCAGAAGAAAUGAAAGACAGAUUAGAAAGGUUUUGGUCGUUGGGUUUAUUUUAGUCAGAUCACUGCCUCCACAUCAUGCACUCUCUCUCAAAAUGAUAUGUUUAUUUGGGAUAUUCUCAAAUGCUGGUUUCACACCACGACAAUCCCUCUUUCUACACAUAUACAGAGUAUUUACAGGCAUUACAGUUCUUUCAUUCUAGAUUAAUAUGACUUUGGCGGUGAGUCAUUUGAGGUUUACCUCUGUAUGAGUAUAAGUUCUUAAAGUAAAUCUCAUAUCCUGAUGAACAUACAGUACGUAUCUAUAAUAUAUUCAGGAAACUUUAAAUAAUACAACGUAACUGUAGAUAGUUUCUAACCCUGUUUCUCGUUCAUGUAUAUAAAUUGUCUGUUUUACAUUGAAAGGACUCUUCCUAACACACUUCUAAACACAAUACGUUAGUUUGUGUUUCAAAGAUGUUUUAAUAAAGAACCUGUUGCUUUAUUUACGUCUCAUCGGGAAAGAUCCAGGUCUUCAUAUAAAUAUAAUAUAUAUAUUUGCAUCGUGAAUGACAUUUCUGUUCGCAUUGACUAAAGAAAACAAGAUUUUUUUACAUUAAAUGUAUGCAAAAUUGACGGUGCAUGGUGCAACAUGAAGGUCUCUCCGUCGGGGGUGCAGUUCCUCCUGUCAACCGCUAGAGGCGCGGGCACACGGUGCAUUCAUGACAGAAAAACUGUUUUCGAAAUCAACCCUCCAUAUAUAUAUAAUUGAUUUACAGGUAUAAAACGUGUGUAUUGUGCGUUAUAUUGAGCAACUUUUGUUAACAGUGACGGUUUAGAUUUUAUUCAUACAGGAAAAUGUUUCCUGAAAAAGUGUGAAUCCAUUGUGUUUACUACCUUGCUCUGUGACUUUUGUUUUGUAGCUCACGAAACUAUUUGUGGUUGCAUUAAAGGCUGAGAUAACGAUAUCUAGGGAUGGUGAAGAGAUCACUUUAGCUCUUAUAUAGAGUGACAGACGUGCAGUAAUUCAAUGUGAGAUGGUGGUUUCACACCCAAAUGUUCCCGCCCACAAUAUGCUAUUAAAAAACUGAUAAAGGGAAAAAGCACCUAUGAAACAGGGCUGUCACAGUAUCACUGCACGAUUAUUGUGGCCAAAAGAAAUUAUCAAAACAAACCAAAAAUAAACUGAUAGCAUUAUUUAUUUGAUUUUGUGUGUUUUCUCUCUUGUAAAAGGGAAUCACGGUUUUUAUAAGCAUUACAUCCCUCUUCAUUUUCAAGAUGGUUUCUAUUGUUUUCAGCAGAGAAUCAUUAAAAGCAUGCUUAUGUUUGGUAUUCAACCCAUUUGUUUUACAAUGACAUAGAAAGUGUGAUGUACCACACCCCUAUUAUUACACACAUUUGUGACCACAUUCUAAAAACACUCACGUACGCGCGCGCACACACAGCUCUUAUUUGUUCUGGUAAACCUGUGAUGCGCGCACGCUAUAUUCUUCCUCUUUUCAGUCACUGGUUUCAACUCCGAGCAUCACUUCUUGAAAAUCUCACACACACGCACGCACGCACACACACACACACACACACACAGAAGUUCUGGGCAGACCGAUUGAACAUCUGCAGUUCAUGAUCUCAAAUCACACAGUUGUCAUGAGCUUAACCCAGAACUUCCUGUCUGGCUCAUUCCGUUUCCUGUCGUGUGGGUGACUGAUGUGAGGCUUGCAGCGAACGUGUCGUAGCUGUCACACACACACAUUACAGUCAAUACUGUGACAAGAGUUCUCUGAAAGCCCACAAACAGCACUACUUAUAACCAACCCCAUUCAUACUUGACGUGUUUCUGUCAAAGGCAGAUUUCAGAUAUAUAAACUGAUUCUUCAUAUCGUCUUUUAAAAGCAAAAUAUUUAAUAAGCGAAAAAUACAUGCUUGAAAAAUCAUACUUUUCUAGUUAAAAAAACAAACAAACAAAAAGACACAGAUGACAGAGGAAACUGAUCAUAAGCUUGAUAAAAAAAAUUGUUUUAUUUUUCCUGGCAAGGUAAAGAGAGAAAGAUUGUGAUGAUUGUUUCGUCUUUCAGAGUCUCAGUGCAGUUUUCCAUAAACAGCAAUCGUUUGUUUCUCCAUCCCUCUGCCACUACCUGUCUUUCCUUCCUUCGACUCGUUCUUAUUCUAAUCUUCCAUCCAACAGAUAUUGUCACAAAGGGAAAAAACAAGACGCAUAAUGAAUCCAACAGUUUUAUCCGUAAAUUUACCAGCAAAUUCCUUACAAAAAAAAAUACUAAAAAUAGCAAAACAAAAGUGCAUAAACAUAAAUCCAAUUUAAAUCAUGCAUUUCGCUCAAACAGAAUUGAAUGUGAAUUACUAUCUAUUUAUAAGUCAAACAAAAAUUUGCGGUAGCAGCAGAACUUAAAAAAAACCCUAACCUUAUCGUUGUAAAACUAUAUUUGAUAUAGCCGUUUGUUGGAUAAGCCGAUUAAAUCACUAAAUACCAAAUAUCAGUAUGGCAUCAAUAUUAUUACAAAUACAUUCGUACACACGCUCACAAGCACGCACACAUUGUUGGUCACAGUUUACAGGUCAAUAGGGGUCCAGGAGUCAAGUGUAAGGUACCUUAAAACAAUUAACAACCUAGUAACGCAGAAUACACGAAAUGCGAUACACAAAAGAAACACGUGGCAAUGACGCUAACACGCUUAAAAACUUCCCGACACAGUAACACAAAUCUCAAACACACAUGCAGAAUGCAGGUAACGGUCGCUAUACUGCGGAGUCUUCGUUCCAUCCUCUUCUCGACGACAUUGCUCUGAAAUCACGACAAGUUUAACUAAACUACGAUGAGAUUUAAAUCGGUGAGUUACGAUGAGUUUCAACGGCAAACACUGACCGAGUCCAGGAGAAAACUACGAGCCAGCUACACGGGCGAGAAGAAACGUGGAAAGUAAAAGACACGUCGAAAGAGACACGAGCAGCGAGGAAUCAUGACGACCGAACGACGACGAAAACUGUGAAUUCAUAGAUGCUCCCUUACUAACAAUCAAUGAAAAACAAAGUCACGAUACAGCUUUAACUAACUUUUUUUUAAGCCAAGAAUGUUCUUUUCUUCAAUAGCAAUAUUAAAAAAAGAAAAAGUGACCCUAGUCUUUCCUAGAUAGUCUCAGUGUUAAAGUUUAAUUACGCUAUUGCUACGACGACGCUGCUCUCGCGGGCCGUUCGUAGUUAUUGCAACUUCAUGUGCAUGUGUCUCUAUGGUCAGUCUGCGAGUGGAUGCGUUUGAUUGGUAUGUCUGGGAUUAACUGGAGAUUUUUAAAAAGUCGUAGAAUAGUUGAUGCCUAGCUUCCCUCCCUAAUCUUAAUCAUCAAGCGAUUAUUCCCAGAUAUCUAUCUAGACCACCCUCCCGCUUAACCUACCACCUCCCUCCCUCACUCUUGUUUGGUUCUCUCUCCCUCGGUUACUCUAUCGCUCAUCUUCCCUACGUUUAAGGUAUAUUCCCGUGAUUGGGUGCAAUCUGCAGUUAACUAGAGGAGUCCCC